CAAGCAUUACUCAACGGCUACUCCCUCCUCUAAUCAUCUCUUCUCCCACCUUUCUCCUUCUUCCUCUUUCUCAUCAAUUCGAUUGCAAUGGAGACGAGAACCGGCCAGUCAACACCGGGGAUAACUGCGCCGGUGCCGGCUCCACUUCCUCCGCCUUCUACACGGCGUCCUAGGGUGAGAGAAGUGAGCUCCAGAUUCAUGUCUCCCGUUGCUUCUUCAUCUUCCUCCGGAUAUCUCCAUCUACCGACUUCAAACUCUCCCAGACAUAACCAACGAUCCAUUUCAACUCAGACGUCUCAAGGAGAUAUAAAGAGACAGAAGAAGGUUUUAGGACAACAAGCGGACGCACAUUCUUUGAAACUGCUUCGUAACCGCUACUUGCAAUGGAGAUUCGCAAACGCAAAUGCUGACGUCAGAAAACAAGCUCAUAAAGCAGAGGCUGAGAGAAUGUUUUAUUCACUUGGUUUGAAAAUGUCAGAGCUCUCUCAUUGUGUACGUAAGAAACGCAUAGAGCUCCAAGGACUAAUGAGAGUAAAAGCUAUUAAGGAGAUUGUGGAGCCUCAAAUGCCUUUAUUGGAGCAAUGGACAACUCUUGAAGAAGAAUACUCAACUUCUCUAUCGGAAACAACUGAAGCUUUAUUGAAUGCUUCAUUGCGGCUGCCUCUAGAUGCUGAUAUCAAGGUUGAGACGAAAGAGUUAGGAGAAGUACUUGCGGCUGCUUCAAAGUCUAUGGAAGGCAUUGUGCAGAGCAUUGGACAGUUUUUGCCUAAGACACAAGAGAUUGAGAGUUUGUUGCCGGAACUAGCGAGAGUAAGCAGCAGAGAAAAAGUAGCAGCAGAAGACUGUGGAGUUGCACUGCUUAAGACACAUUCAUCACAUGUUGAAGAUUGCUAUCUUAGAAGUCAGCUUAUACAGCAGCACCACAAGCAGUGUGUAUAAUAAAUGAAUUUGAAGCUCCCUUGCAUAAUAAAUGUAUCACACAAAAGAGUAUAAUAAAAGGUUUUGGUAAAGUCACUGUAUUGAAGGAAGCUGAUGAAACUGACGCUGUGGAAGCUAAUAAGAACAAAGGCAAUGCUUUCCGCCGCUGAUGAUAGCAAAU